CAGUUUGAGGUAUUUAGCUUUUCCCCAAGGCCUCCGAAAGCCUGUCGCAGAUUCCCACAAACUUUCAUCGAGAGCUGCAGCUUUCGACGACGAGCGAGCGAUCAGCAUCCCGCCAUGGCUUCAAUUGUCGCUUCCUCCGCCGUCGUCACCCCGGUCGCAGCUCUCGCUGCUUCCCGCACCACUUCGACCUCCGGGGCCGUGUCCGUCAGCGCCUUCGCUGGCCUCAAGCCCGUCUCUGGCCAGAGCGAGUGGCAGUCGAAGACCAUCACCAAUGGUAGCCGUGUCUCCUGCAUGCAGGUGUGGGAACCUUACAACAACCUGAAGUUCGAGACCCUGUCAUACUUGCCAGCCUUGAGCCAGGAUGCUCUCGCCAAGCAGAUCGACUACGUCAUCAAGAGCGGAUGGGCUCCAUGCAUUGAAUUCGACGUGCAAGGGACCGUCACUCGUGAGGGCAGCACCAUGCCCGGAUACUACGAUGGUCGCUACUGGACCAUGUGGAAGUUACCCAUGUUCGGAUGCACCGACUCUGCGUCCGUGUUGAGGGAGAUUGAGGAAUGCAAGAAGAUUUACGGAACCAAGUGUUACAUCAGAUGCUUGGGAUUCGACAACACGAGACAGGUGCAAUGCGCCAUGUUCAUCGUCCACCAGCCUACCCAGUAGAUUUCGUACGUUCGCGUGAACGUUAGAUCAUUCGUUGACACCACUGCCACAGAUCAUGACACUGAUCUCAACACUCGAAUUUAGUUUAGAUACAUUGGCUGUAUAAUGUUGGACCUGGUGAUUCAUCCGUCUGGGAACAAAGUUGAUACAGACUUCUGUUCACCCGUUAGCGGAUCCAGCAAUGUAAUAAAGAACGUUGCGAGAAUCAACCCGCGAACUUUCACCUGAAAGGAACUUUUGUGUUGUUCAGGCGAGAUGGUGUAUUGAUCGUAAAGUGAUUGUAAUCAGAAAAUGU